AUGAGCCUAGGAAUGGAAAAUGGUAAAAUUAGUGACAAUCAAAUCACGGCUUCUAGUGAAUAUGAUGUGACUAACGGAGCACCAAAUGCGAGACUGAACUUCAGAGCACGUGACGGAUUAGCCGGGGCAUGGUCUCCGCGAACAAGUGAUCAGAGUCAAUGGCUGCAAGUGGAUUUCCAACGAUUUAUCAACAGUACAGGAAUAAGUACUCAAGGCCGAAAAGGCUGCGGUUGUAAUCAGUUUGUCAAAAGCUACACGAUCACUUUCAGCGACGAUGGAGAAAAAUUCCAAAGUCAUAAACCUGGGGGAGUAGUCAAGGUAAGCUGAAUUGCUGUCUUCCAUGUGAGGUGACGAAAUUGCAUUGCGUUUUUCUUAUUAUUAUUGUUUUAAUUUUAGGUAUUCGUGGCAAACACCGAUAUAAACUCCAUUGUCAAUCACGUUUUUACACCAUCAAUUGUAGCUCGAUGGAUUCGCAUUCAUCCAAGAGCUUGGAAUAACUAUAUAUCCAUGAGGGUCGAAUUGUACGGUUGCUAG